UCAGCGGGAAUAGCAACAGCAAAAACACAGCGGCGCCGGCAACGACAACGGCCGCAACAACGAUGGUUCAUAGCCACGCGCGGGAUAUGAGCAGCAAAGGAGGUGUGACGCAGCGUUAUUAUGGACGUCGCAACGGCACGGCGGCAAGUCGAAACGGCGAAAGUGGUAUUGCUGGUUGUAGCGAGUUGGACGGUUGCGAGGAUGAUUGCGAUGGUGAAGCUGGCGAUGCAACUGCAUCGGCGGCGCGAUACCCCAGCAAGGCUGGCAAUAGUUCGCAGGAUGCGCCGAAGAGCACAUUUGGCGCGGUCAGCAAAGUGCCGGCUAGCUUACAAUUCUUAUUACAACGACAAACCUCCGAGGAAUACACAGAUUCACAGUCGCAAUAUUUCAGCGAUAAUCUGCGCAUACUCGAGACCAGCAUCGAGAAUCUCGAUCGCCAUUUGAAAAAUUUUCCAAGUCUAAGUUCGCACGAACGUAUUGCUGCCUUUGUACAGACCCAGCAUCAUCAUCAUCAUCACCACGCAUACCUGCCGAUGCCACCGCACGCGUUGGAUGUUAGCGGCGGCGAUAAGUUGGCUAGCCGUGUACCCCAACAUCCGCAUCAUUAUUUGCCCACCAUUAUGGAGGGCUACGAUCCCGCCAAUCAACCGCGUCGCUCAUGGCCCGACGAUAUGGUGGACGAUUCGCUGCUCGACAUAGACCUCGACUCAUUUUUGCUAGUCAAUGAGCGCACUGCUGGCGGCAAGUUGCGCAAGCCACAGCAAUUGCGCGAUGGUGGCAUCGACAAUCCCACUUUUCUCACCGAUGAGCAGGAGGAGGAGAAUAAUUAUAAGUGUGCAAAGUAUAUAAACUCCUGCCCUGACGAUGCAUAUCGCGUCGAAAGUGAUAUCGUUGCUGGUACGGGCACUGUCUCGGAGAAGUCAGUUUCGGUCGCAGACCACUAUAUGAAACGCUAUGAAGAUCAGCUGCACUUCCAGAACACGCGUGAGCUGCUCGAGGAUGUGCGCGAUAAGAUACGUUUGCUCUCACAGGCGAGUGGCAGCGCCGGUACCCACAGCCCCGAUGCACAUUUGAAUAAUCCUGCGGCGCCUGCGCAGCAACUGCCACAUGAGCUGGAAGGCAUGAUUAAGACGCUGAAAAACGAGUUGGAAAACUAUUUGGAUCGCAUGAACCAGCACAGCGAAUUGGAAAUACGUCAACUAUGCAGCGGGCUUGUAAGAAAUCACAAUAUCGUAAAAAUGAAGAAGGCCUUCGAGCGUCGCCGUUCGACGCACAGUCUCGGUACGAUCGAGUCGGAUUACGGCUACAUCGCCGGCAACUACGAGGCAAUCUGCGAUGGCGUGCCCUUAAGUAUACGUGAACAAAUCGCCUCGAUACGCUGCGCGAGUGAUCCGAAUUUCAAAAUGAAGCGAAAAUCCCUGACUGAGGUAUUUCCCGUCACCAAUUGUUAUGCAGAGUCGGAAACUUUGCAACGCGUAUCGUCACAAACGUCGCUAGCGCAGCAGCAACGUCGUCCAUCGCUACCGCAUCGCGAUCGUUACACCGCCGAGCGUAGACAGCGCGAACGUGAUCAAAAUGUGAUAACCUUGCAUGUGCCCACAACGCAAUUGCAACGCAAUCUCUCAUUCCAGCAGCCGGUAUUGAGUAAAUUAGACGCGAAAACAUUAUCAGCGCCACCGGCGGAUGCCGAAAUCGGCGGUAAAGGUAAACCAAAUGGUGGCGGCUGCAAUUCGGCUGGUAAUGGUAGCGGCGCGGAAUCGGGCGAAUCAGGUGAUAAGGACUCAAUUUUGGAAUGGCAUCGAAAGAAGCCGAGCAUUUGGGAAAUGUACUAUGGUACGAAUCGCAUGAAUCAAUCGCUGUUGGGCAAGCGUAAUGCCAUGGCCGCGAACAACAGCAAUCAAGUCACAAUGUCUUAUGUCUAGUUCGCACCACGCUUAUCAACCAUAAUUCUCAACUGUCUUAUAAAACAAAUUCAUACUACGCUUCUGUUGAUCUGCGUAGCAAAUACUUCUAUCCUCUGAUGAGUGGCCCGAGUGAGUGACAUAAAAUUAUCUUGCCGUAAUGACGAAGUAAUUGGAAAUUCCUUUGCCUGAGCUUCAUGUGAGCAAACGUUUAUUAAUG